CGCCCGGCCCCUCCGCUUCCGGUUCCGCCGGCGCCCCCGCAGCGGUGAGUCCGGUCCGUGAGCGGCGCCGGGGCUGAGGGCGCGGGGAGCGGCUCCGCCGGGAGCGAGGGCAGCGGCGGGGCACCGCGGCACGGCGGGUGUUCUAAGGAGCUGGAACCAUGACGGACUCCAAAUACUUCACGACCAAUAAAAAAGGAGAGAUUUUUGAGCUGAAGGCUGAACUCAACAAUGAAAAGAAAGAGAAGAGGAAAGAAGCUGUAAAGAAGGUUAUUGCAGCCAUGACUGUGGGGAAGGAUGUCAGCUCUCUGUUUCCUGAUGUUGUCAACUGCAUGCAGACUGACAACCUGGAGCUGAAGAAGCUGGUCUACCUGUACCUGAUGAAUUAUGCCAAAAGCCAGCCAGACAUGGCCAUCAUGGCUGUCAACAGCUUUGUGAAGGACUGCGAGGACCCCAACCCGCUGAUCCGCGCCCUGGCCGUGCGCACCAUGGGCUGCAUCCGCGUGGACAAGAUCACCGAGUACCUGUGCGAGCCCCUGCGCAAGUGCCUCAAGGACGAGGACCCCUACGUCAGGAAAACUGCAGCUGUCUGCGUGGCCAAGCUGCACGACAUCAACGCCCAGAUGGUGGAGGACCAAGGGUUCCUGGAUUCCCUGCGGGAUCUCAUUGCAGACUCCAAUCCCAUGGUGGUUGCGAACGCCGUGGCCGCGCUGUCGGAGAUCAGCGAGUCCCACCCCAACAGCAACCUGCUGGAUCUGAACCCUCAGAACAUCAACAAGCUGCUGACAGCUUUAAAUGAGUGCACAGAGUGGGGGCAGAUCUUCAUCCUGGACUGUCUGUCCAACUACAACCCCAAGGAUGACCGGGAAGCUCAGAGCAUCUGUGAGCGGGUGACCCCCCGGCUGUCUCACGCCAACUCGGCAGUGGUGCUGUCAGCAGUGAAGGUCCUGAUGAAGUUCCUGGAGCUCCUUCCCAAGGACUCUGACUAUUACAACAUGCUGCUGAAGAAACUUGCCCCUCCUCUGGUGACUCUGCUGUCUGGAGAGCCCGAAGUUCAGUAUGUUGCCCUGAGGAACAUCAACUUGAUUGUGCAGAAGAGGCCUGAAAUCCUGAAGCAGGAGAUCAAAGUGUUCUUUGUGAAGUACAACGACCCCAUCUAUGUCAAACUGGAGAAACUGGACAUCAUGAUCCGCCUGGCCUCGCAAGCAAACAUUGCCCAGGUGCUGGCAGAGCUCAAGGAAUACGCCACCGAGGUGGACGUCGACUUUGUGCGCAAGGCCGUGCGAGCCAUCGGCCGCUGUGCCAUCAAGGUGGAGCAAUCUGCAGAGCGCUGUGUGAGCACACUGCUGGACCUCAUCCAGACCAAGGUGAACUACGUGGUGCAGGAGGCCAUCGUGGUCAUCAGGGACAUCUUCCGCAAGUACCCCAACAAGUAUGAGAGCAUCAUUGCCACUCUGUGUGAGAACCUGGAUUCCCUGGAUGAGCCAGAUGCCAGAGCUGCCAUGAUCUGGAUAGUGGGUGAAUAUGCUGAAAGAAUUGACAAUGCAGAUGAGCUGCUGGAGAGUUUCCUGGAGGGUUUCCACGAUGAAAGCACUCAGGUGCAGCUCACCCUCCUGACUGCAAUAGUGAAGCUGUUCUUGAAAAAGCCUUCUGAGACACAGGAGCUGGUCCAGCAGGUCCUCAGCCUGGCCACACAGGAUUCUGACAACCCAGACCUGCGGGAUCGUGGCUACAUCUACUGGCGCCUUCUUUCCACGGAUCCAGUGACUGCCAAGGAAGUGGUGCUCUCAGAAAAGCCACUGAUUUCUGAGGAGACUGAUCUGAUUGAGCCAACCCUGCUGGAUGAGCUGAUCUGCCACAUUGGGUCUCUGGCUUCUGUGUACCACAAACCACCCAACGCUUUCGUGGAGGGCAGCCACGGCAUCCACCGCAAGCACCUGCCAAUCCACCACGGGAGCACUGAUGCUGGUGACAGCCCCGUGGGCACCAUGAACGCCACAAACCUGGAGCAGCCACAGGUCAUCCCAACCCAGGGUGACCUCCUGGGGGACCUCCUCAACCUGGACCUGGGGCCCCCUGUCAAUGUGCCCCAAGUGUGCACCAUGCAGAUGGGUGCUGUGGACCUCCUGGGAGGAGGGCUGGACAGCUUGCUUGGCAGUGACCUUGGCGGGGGCAUUGGAGGAAGCCCGGCAGUGGGACAGACCUACAUUCCCACUGCUGUGCCAGCUGCCUUUGCCCCUUCUCCCACCCCUGCAGGGGUCACCACUGGACUCAACGAUCUCUUUGAGCUCUCAUCUGGCAUGGGGAUGGCUCCUGGAGGAUAUGUGGCUCCCAAGUCUGUUUGGCUGCCUGCAGUGAAAGCUAAAGGAUUGGAGAUCUCAGGCACAUUCAGCCACAGACAGGGACACAUCUACAUGGAGAUGAACUUUACCAAUAAGGCUUUGCAGCACAUGACUGACUUUGCCAUUCAGUUCAAUAAGAACAGCUUUGGAGUCAUCCCAAGCACCCCCCUGGCCAUUCACACACCUCUGAUGCCAAACCAAAGUAUUGAUGUCUCCCUGCCCCUCAACACUCUGGGACCAGUCAUGAAAAUGGAGCCUCUGAACAACCUCCAGGUGGCUGUGAAAAACAACAUUGAUGUCUUUUACUUCAGCUGCCUAAUCCCUCUCAACGUGCUUUUCGUGGAGGAUGGCAAAAUGGAGCGCCAGGUCUUCCUUGCAACAUGGAAGGAUAUUCCAAAUGAAAAUGAGCUUCAGUUCCAGAUUAAAGACUGUCACCUGAAUGCUGACACUGUCUCCAGCAAGCUGCAGAACAACAAUGUCUACACCAUUGCCAAGAGGAACGUGGAGGGGCAGGACAUGCUCUACCAGUCCCUGAAGCUCACCAACGGCAUCUGGAUCCUGGCCGAGCUGCGCAUCCAGCCCGGGAACCCCAACUACACGCUCUCCCUGAAAUGCCGAGCUCCAGAAGUGUCCCAGUACAUCUACCAGGCCUACGAUGCCAUCUUGAAAAACUAACAGGAGGUGGAGCCUGUGCCUCACCCUGCAGAAGGAGGGGGGAAAGGGGUCCCCAGAGCCUCCUUCAGCGCCAGCGCAGGGAAAAGCACUCGUAACUGGAAGCAGCUGUAUUCAUGUGUAGGAUUUCAGUCAAAGGCACUGAUUAAACAAGGUAGCAAUUAGUAUCCACGUGCUAACGAUGAUAGGGAACAAGCCCCUUUGGUAUUUUUAGUGUCCAUGGAGUUUGUAACCACUGCUUCAAACUACUCCCAUGUGCCCCUCGCCCCUCACUCAUCCGUUCUCGUGGGCUUCUCUCCAUUUUGUGCCAAUGUUCAGUGUUUUCUAAAUGGCUUUAGGUGUAGUUUGGAUUUUGUAAAAUAACUGCUCAUUGGAAAAACACCGAGCAAAAACCACACAGCUGCUCAUUAAAACAAGGCAAAAGUGUCGAAAACAUAA